AUGACGUCUAAAGAUACCACCAAACUAACGAACCAUUCGUUGAAUGUUUUAUCGAAGUUGAUUGAUUCGGAUACCCAGGUAUCAACCAUUGAUUUGAAUCUCUUGGAGAAUUUGAAUACAAAUCAGUCAUUGAAUUAUAUUAAGUUGGAGAAUAAUUUGAAUCAGAUAGAGAAGAAUAGUGACCUUUUGAAAGGGAUAAAUGAUGAAUAUGAAAGGUAUCGAAAGUUUAUUGAUGAUAUAGAUCGAGAGUCUAAGAUUUUGGAUGAUUUGGUCAAUGAAUUGGAUGCUUGGUCGAAGGAGAUAGAGAAAAAAGUGGGGUGA